CGCGCCCAGGCCGCCCCCCCUCCUCGCGCCUGGUCCCGGCUCGCCGGAUGUUGACGACGUCGCCUAGCAACAGGAGAUGGCGGAGCCCGGUGGCCAGGAGGGCGGGUCUCACCUGGAAGGAGACGUGGCUUCUGAAGGAGUGGAGAACCAGAAGGAUGAAGGCGACGGGGUACCACCAAUAGAGAAGAGCAGUGACCAGAAAAAUGAGGAAGCUGUUGGUGCUACAGAGCAUUCUGAGGGGGAAAUCGCAAAUGAUGGAGAAAUGGAAAUGGAAGGGGAAGUCGAAACCAAUGAGGAAGUCGAAACUGAAGAGGAAGUGGAAACGGAAGAGGAUUUCGAAUUUGAAGAGGAUUUCGAGUCGGAUGAGGAAGGCACAUUCCCUCACGGAAAGGCCAGUGCUACAGAUGUGACUUCUCCAGGAGUCAGUCCUGUGGAAGUGCAGCAAGAGGGAGCAAGGCGGGAAGCUGGACUUGAAGACAGAGAGGCACCCCAGCCAUCAGAAUCCAGAGGAGCGAGCGUCAUCUCCACAGAGCCAUCCGAGCAAGUCUUAGGUUCACCUGAGCAAACGGGCCAGGGUGCUUCUCGACGGAGGGUUAGCAAACGGGGGAAAUCCCGUGGAAGCUCCCAACACAAGGUCUCUCCUCUUGUGGCGCGAAACCGCCUCCGACUGAGCCAAGGGAGCAGCAUCGCAUCCUCUGACUUUGACGAGCUGCUCCCGCCCCAGGAGGGGUCCUUUGCCCAGGAGCCAGCCGUCCCUCCAGAGGAGUACGAUGCCCACCCUGGGGACAGAGCCUCGCCCACGUUCCUGGGCAGGAUCCAGCAGUUAAGCAUGGCGGAGGAAGAGGCCAUGGAGAGAAUGGAGUCCGAGGGAAGUGACGAGGCCGAAGAGGACAGAUCCCAACUGGUGGUUUUGGACCCAGACCACCCCCUGAUGAUAAGAUUCCAGGCUGCCCUGAAGAACUACCUUAACCGACAGAUAGGAAAACUGAAGCUGGAACUUCAAGAGCUGAGCGUGGCCACCAAGCAAAGCCGAGUCCAGCGGCAGGAGCUGGGGGUGGAUCUCUACGGGGUGCAGCAGCACCUGGCCCGCCUGCAGAUGCAGCUGGAGAAGACCCACGACCGCCACUCGAUCGCCGCGUGCGCGAGGCGGCAGAAGGAGGAGGAGCUGCGGGACGUGCGCACGCUCUACGCCAAGACCUGCGCGGCCGCCAACGACGAGCGCAAAAAGCUGGCGGCACUGCAAGCUGAGUUGGAGAACCUGGCUCUGCAUCUCUUCUACACACAGAACAUCAACCAGGACGUGCGUGAUGACAUCCUCGUGAUGAAGCAAGUCGUGAAGAAGUCAGAAGUGGAGCUGGUGCGGGCCGAGAUAGAGAAGAAGAAGCAGGACCUGCACGUGGACCAGCUCACCACUCGAGCCAACCAGCUGGAGGAACAAAUCGCCCUGUUUGAGGCUCAGUACUGUGCCCAGGCCGAGGACACUCGGAUCCUCAGGAAAGCAGUGAGCGAGGCCUGCACAGAAAUCGAUGCCAUCACCAUGGAGAAAAAGCGUAUCCUGCAGCAGUGGGCCACCAGCCUGGUGGGCAUGAAGCACCGCGACGAGGCUCACAGGGCCAUCCAGGAGGCUCUCAGCGAAUGCCAGCAUCAAGUCAAGUCCAUCGACGGUGAGAUCGAAGCCUAUAAGAAAUCCAUCGUGAAGGAGGAGGAAAAGAAUGAGAAGCUGGCGAGCAUCCUGAACCGGGUGGAGACGGAAGCCAGCCUGAUGCAGAAACUGACCGCGCAGAGCCUGAGCAAGCAGGAGGCGCUGCAGAGCGAGUUCGGCACCUACCGGCUCACGCUGCAGGCCACGGAGGACGAGAUGGGCAAGGCCCACGUGGAAUACGCGGCGGUGAUGAGCGAACUGCAGACCAUCCACCAGACGGCCCAGCAGGAGCUGGAGCUGAGGAGGAAGACGGACGCCUCCAUCGCGGAGAAGCUGCAGGAGCACACGACCUCCAACAAGAUGACCAAGUACUUCUACCAGCUCAUCCUGAAGAUCCAGAAGGAGAAGACCAACCUGGGGACACAUCUUUCCAAAAUUGACGGUGACAUCGCCAAGACCACCCUGGACAUCACGAACACCAGCUGCAGGCUGGACAUGCAUCAGAAGACGCUGGCCGAGCUGGACCAGGAAGUGAAAAAAGUCAACGUCCUCAUCACCAACAGCGAGAACGAGAUCUCCAGGCGCACGAUCCUGAUCGAGAGGAAGCAAGGCCUCAUCAACUUCUUCAACAAGCAGUUGGAGCAGAUGGUUUCCGAGAUGGGGGGGGAAGAGAUGGGGCCCCUGGAGCUUGAAAUCAAAAGGCUGACCAAGCUGAUCGAGGAAUACAACGCCCACGUGACGCAGGCCCAGGUGACCUGGCUGCGCCUGCAGCAGGAGAUGGUGAAGGCCACGCAGGAGUGCGAGGAGCAGGUGGGCUCCCUGGCCAUGUUCAAGAAGGAGCUCCACAUCCUGGAGCAGAAGAAGCUGCGAAUAGAGAACAAGAUCGAUCAGGAGAAGAAGGAGCAGAAGGAGAUUGAGCGCCACAUGAAGGACCUGGACAACGACCUGAAGAAGCUCAACGUGCUGAUGAGCAAGAACCGCACCUGCUCCGAGGAGCUGCAGCAGGACAACCUGGUGACCGAGAACGAGUUCGUGCGCUCGCUGAAGGCCUCUGAGAGAGAGACCAUCGAGAUGCAGGAGAAGCUGGACCAGCUCAAAGAGGAGAAGGCGGCCAUCCUGAACAACCUGGUGGAGGCAGAACACCAGAUCAUGCUUUGGGAGAAAAAAAUCCAACUGGCAAAAGAGAUGCGUGCCUCAGUGGAUUCUGAGACCGGCCAGACAGAGAUCCGGGCCAUGAAGGCAGAGAUCCACAGGAUGAAGGUCAAGCAUGCGCAGCUGCUGAAGCAGCAGGAGAAGAUGAUCCGAGACAUGGAGCUGGCCGUCGCCCGCAGAGAGACCAUCGUGACCCAGGCCGAGGGGCAGGGCAAGACAGACAGGAAGUUGCUCACCCGGACAGACUUCCACCACAAGCAGAUAGAGCUGCGGCGAAAGAUCAGGGACGUUCACAAGGCCACUGAGGAGUGCACCAAAGUCAUCCUGGAACUGGAAGAGACUCAGAAACGCAUGAGCAACUCCCUCCUGGGGAAGCAGGAACAGCUGUCAAUGAUGCAGUCCAACGUGGACGAUCUGGAAGCCGACCUGGACCACCUCCGGGCCCUUAAGCGACAGAACCUUUCGGAGCUCGUGGCCCUGCAGACGCGCCUUAAGCACCUGCAGGCCGUGAAGGACGGCAAGUACGUGUUCCUGUUCCGCUCCAGUCAGUCGCUGCUGGCGGAGCGCGGGCGCCUGGACAACCGGCUGGCCGUCAUCAGCACCAUCCUCGACCGCGUGAAGGACGAGUACCCCCAGUUCCAGGAGGCCCUGCUCAAGGUCAGCCAGACGAUCGCCAACAAGCUCGAGAAACCGGGGGCCUCCUAGAGAGCAGCCUGGACCCCGCCUACCAAAGCUGGCCCCCAAGGAAGAGAUUAGAAUUUUGUGUAUUAUCAGGGACUUAGAAUCUUUCUGUGUCCCUGAAAGCCA